AUGGUCAUGAGAUCUGGAAAUCAAGUGAUAAGUGCUGAAAUUGCGGAGGAGACUGCCCUCAUCCUGGAGGAAAAAGGUCCUGUCCCGCUUAUCAAGCCACUUGCUGGGACUCUGGCAAGUGAAACCACUUCGAAGCAGUACGUAGAUUCAAAGGAAAAGGGAAUAGCCAAAACAAAUGCCGUCUGACAGUGAACAAAGUGGGCGAGGAAGAAUCAAGUGACAAAGUUGAAGUAUACACGUUAUCUCUAAGCAGGAAUACCCUGAAGAAUCAACUCCUCUUCAAGAUCAACUGUCAUGCUGCUGCACAGAAGCGUCCCAUUCCAUGUUGGUAAGCAGCUAGAGGAGCAGCUACAACACGACAAAGAAUUAGGGGUGAUAGAGCCUAUUGAAGGCCCUACACUUUGCGUGUCCCCAGUCAUGGUUGCAUCUAAACCGAAAUCACCAGGCAAGGUACACGUGUGUGGGUAGACAUAUGCCAGGUGAACAAGGCGAUCAAACAUAAAUGUCAUGUCAACCCCACCAUGACAGAGAUGAUCGGAGGCUACAACCAGCUUGAACUAUUACCUGGAUCAGGUACAACACCACCUUCGGCACUCACAUGGGUCUCACGAGGUACAAAUGUCUCACCUUUGGCAUUUCAAGCGCAGCUGAGAUCUUUAAGAGUGUAACCUGAGGGUAUUAAUGGCCCAAUCAACAUCAGUGACAACAUACUAGUACAGAGCUUAAGCAGCGGACGUUCUCGAGGGCACAGACAUCAGGAAGGUUGCCCCCAUUCUGGAUCGAGUACGGCGUAAGCAAUGAAUGGUUUUUGAGUCACGGACGUCUUGUCUGUGUUUUACCUUUGCUUUUUCAAAAUUUCUUCACUCACAGCAUUUCGAAAUCCAGAAAGAUCUUUGUCCCUGAAGGGGACUCGUACAUUUUCUUUGUCCCAUUCUCAUAUAAACAUUUAUUAACCGAGCUUGAAAUGCCGUCUUGUAAUAUUUGAUUCUGUAGACACAACAAAUGAAAUCAAGCAAAGAAAAGUUUAAUUCCAAACAUGAUAGCAAAGUUAUUAGCAUUUUAUCUGCAGUUUUAUUUUCUACAAAGAUUUAGUUUGCUAUUCAGUUUCAGAGUCGAUUGCACCAAAUAUCACAGGCGUGUAGCUAAAAAAGAUUUUAAGGGUAUAUAAAUUAUAAUCAACCUGAUGCACAAAAACACGCAUUCAUAACAUUUUAAUUUACUGUUUUUCAUUGUUAAAAAAUCAAAUCAUGCAGUAAAAAUUAUCGGAACUUAAAGCUACAUGAAAAUAAAGCUCUCUUAAAUAAGAUGUCAGUUCACUUGAUGAUGAAUUGCAUAUACUAAACCCGAGUAAAUCUUACAUAAAUCCCGCAAAUCUUGCCACCUUCGAGUUCUGCAACCAUCUGGAGCUAGCUGGGUUAACCUGUCGAGUCCAAAAAUAGAGUUAGAGACCAUUAACCUGAUGUUUUUCAUCUUUGAAAACACAGAAUGAAUAGCACAAGGGUUUUUUCUUGGUUUUAGGCCAACAAUUUACGAACAAUUCUUACCAAAACAUGAACUUCAGAGUACUAGAAUCUCGUGCCCUAUCUUGAACUUCAAAAGUGGCGUUCUGGCGUCAGCAACCUAACCUCACGGAAGUAAACACAUGUGCACUAUAUUCACACUAGCGUGAGUGACUUCCAGUUGGCGUUCAUGACCUCAAGAACAGCUGCUGCUUAAGCUCUCUAGUGUUUGGAAAGAUGCUUGAAGAACACAACCUGAACCUCAAGGCCCUAUUCCAGUGAGACAGACACAUCAACAGCAUCAGAGUACGCAGCCCUCUGGGGAUGACAAACUACUAUUUGUGGUUCAUCCUUGACUACACUACCAAGACAGGGCCUCUGCGCAAGCUCACCCACAAGGACCCACCAUAGUGUUGGACGGAAGGACAUGACCACAGAGUCAGCCAACUAAAGAGAAGCACUUGUAAGUGCACCCGUCACUGCCUACUUUGAGCAACAGGAGGGUACAGAGAUCUGUUGAUGUAAGUCCAGUCAGCUUGGCAGCCAUCCUCUCACAAGUGGACCCAAAAAAAGAGGAAAGUCAUGUUAACACCUACACAAGUCGCGCUCUUACAGAAACCAAACAGCAGUACCGCCGAGAGGAAAGCCCUCACCAGGUUGGGCUUGUUAGGACAGGACAGCCAGUUAAGACAAUUUAGCCUCCUCACCCGACAACACAAAAUCUCGAGAAUCUGUCUCGACCGACGCAGAAACAGGUGAAAAAGACACGAUCUUAACCGUGCUAGAUAUGACAGCAAACAUGGCAGAAAGGCUGGAAGAAAUCCUUGAGCAAUUAAGAAACUCAAUAUGAUAGAAUCAUCCCUUAAAAGCAUCGAGACAAAGCUCAACUACCUAGAAGGGUGUACAGCAGUAUUAAAAAAUUGCAGAUAAACUAACGAGAAAGACAACAAUGAUCUUAAAGAAACUGGAAAUUUUACCAGCUCACAGUUAAAUCAAAUAUCGACCAAGCUAAAAAGUUACCAAGCCACAAUCAUAGAUUUAACACAAAAGGCGGAGGCGAGUAGAGAGUUGUUAAACGACCUUAUAGCAAAAAAUCUCUACCUUGAGGCUUAUUCCAGAAGCGAAAACAUCAGUUUUCUGAACAUAGGAGACAGCUCCUCCAAUGAACCCGAAGAUGUUGAAGAAACCCUAAGAGAUCACUUAGAAUACGAAGUGGGCUUCCACGACGCAAGAAGCCUAGAAAUCCAAAGAGUUCAUCAAAGUGGAAAAAGCAAGAAUGGAAAGCCCUGGCCAACACUAGCCGUUUUCUGA